AAGCGGCCGGCGGGGGCGAGGCAGAUGGGGCUCAAGGCGCGCAGGGCGGCGGGGGCGGCUGGCGGCGGAGGCGACGGGGGCGGCGGAGGUGGCGGGGCCGCUAACCCAGCCGGGGGGGACGCGGCGGCGGCCGGCGACGAGGAGCGGAAAGUGGGACUGGCGCCCGGCGACGUGGAGCAAGUCACCUUGGCGCUCGGGGCCGGAGCCGACAAAGACGGGACUCUGCUGCUGGAGGGCGGCGGCCGCGACGAGGGGCAGCGGAGGACCCCGCAGGGCAUCGGGCUUCUGGCCAAGACCCCGCUGACCCGCCCCGUCAAGAGGAACAACGCCAAGUAUCGGCGCAUCCAAACUUUGAUCUACGACGCCCUGGAGAGACCACGGGGCUGGGCGCUGCUCUACCACGCGCUGGUGUUCCUGAUUGUCCUUGGGUGCUUGAUUCUGGCUGUCCUGACCACAUUCAAGGAGUAUGAGACUGUCUCAGGAGACUGGCUUCUGUUACUGGAGACAUUUGCUAUUUUCAUCUUUGGAGCUGAGUUUGCUUUGAGGAUCUGGGCUGCUGGGUGUUGCUGCCGAUACAAAGGCUGGCGGGGCCGACUGAAGUUUGCCAGGAAGCCCCUGUGCAUGUUGGACAUCUUUGUGCUGAUUGCCUCUGUGCCAGUGGUUGCUGUGGGAAACCAAGGCAAUGUUCUGGCCACCUCCCUGCGAAGCCUGCGCUUCCUGCAGAUCCUGCGCAUGCUGCGGAUGGACCGGAGAGGCGGCACCUGGAAGCUUCUGGGCUCGGCCAUCUGUGCCCACAGCAAAGAACUCAUCACCGCCUGGUACAUCGGUUUCCUGACACUCAUCCUUUCUUCAUUUCUUGUCUACCUGGUUGAGAAAGAUGUUCCAGAGGUGGAUGCACAAGGAGAGGAGAUGAAAGAGGAGUUUGAGACCUAUGCAGAUGCCCUGUGGUGGGGCCUGAUCACACUGGCCACCAUUGGCUAUGGAGACAAGACACCCAAAACAUGGGAAGGCCGUCUGAUUGCUGCCACCUUUUCCUUAAUUGGCGUCUCCUUUUUUGCCCUUCCAGCAGGCAUCCUGGGGUCUGGGCUGGCCCUCAAGGUGCAGGAGCAACACCGUCAGAAGCACUUUGAGAAAAGGAGGAAGCCAGCUGCUGAGCUCAUUCAGGCUGCCUGGAGGUAUUAUGCUACCAACCCCAACAGGAUUGACCUGGUGGCGACAUGGAGGUUUUAUGAAUCAGUCGUCUCUUUUCCUUUCUUCAGGAAAGAACAGCUGGAGGCAGCAUCCAGCCAAAAGCUGGGUCUCUUGGAUCGGGUUCGCCUUUCUAAUCCUCGUGGUAGCAAUACUAAAGGAAAGCUAUUUACCCCUCUGAAUGUAGAUGCCAUAGAAGAAAGUCCUUCUAAAGAACCAAAGCCUGUUGGCUUAAACAAUAAAGAGCGUUUCCGCACGGCCUUCCGCAUGAAAGCCUACGCUUUCUGGCAGAGUUCUGAAGAUGCCGGGACAGGCGACCCCACAGCAGAAGACAGGGGCUAUGGGAAUGACUUCCCCAUUGAAGACAUGAUCCCUACCCUGAAGGCCGCCAUCCGAGCUGUCAGAAUUCUACAAUUCCGUCUCUAUAAAAAAAAAUUCAAGGAGACUUUGAGGCCUUACGACGUGAAGGAUGUGAUUGAGCAGUAUUCUGCCGGGCAUCUCGACAUGCUUUCCAGGAUAAAGUACCUUCAGACGAGAAUAGAUAUGAUUUUCACUCCUGGACCUCCCUCUACGCCAAAACACAAGAAGUCUCAGAAAGGGUCAGCGUUCACCUUCCCAUCCCAGCAGUCUCCCAGGAAUGAACCAUAUGUAGCCAGACCAUCCACAUCAGAAAUUGAAGACCAAAGCAUGAUGGGGAAGUUUGUAAAAGUUGAAAGACAGGUUCAGGACAUGGGGAAGAAGCUGGACUUCCUCGUGGAUAUGCACAUGCAACAUAUGGAACGGUUGCAGGUGCAGGUCACGGAGUAUUACCCAACCAAGGGCACUUCCUCGCCAGCUGAGGCAGAGAAGAAAGAGGACAACAGGUAUUCUGAUUUGAAAACCAUCAUCUGCAACUAUUCUGAGACAGGCCCCCCGGAACCGCCCUACAGCUUCCACCAGGUGCCCAUUGACAAAGUCAGCCCCUAUGGGUUUUUUGCACAUGACCCUGUGAACCUGCCCCGAGGGGGACCCAGUACUGGAAAGGUUCAGGCAGCUCCUCCUUCCUCGGCAACAACGUAUGCAGAGAGGCCCACGGUUCUUCCUAUCCUGACUCUUCUCGACUCCCGAGUGAGCUGCCACUCCCAGGCUGACCUGCAGGGCCCUUAUUCUGACCGAAUCUCCCCCCAGCAGAGACGUAGCAUCACGCGGGACAGCGACACACCUCUGUCCCUGAUGUCGGUCAACCACGAGGAGCUGGAGAGGUCUCCGAGUGGCUUCAGCAUCUCCCAGGACAGAGAUGAUUAUGUGUUUGGCCCCAAUGGGGGGUCGAGCUGGAUGAGGGAGAAGCGGUACCUCGCCGAGGGUGAGACGGACACAGACACGGACCCCUUCACGCCCAGCGGAUCCAUGCCUCUGUCGUCCACAGGGGAUGGGAUUUCUGAUUCAGUAUGGACCCCUUCCAACAAGCCCAUUUGAAAGAGGUCACUGGCUGACCCCUCCUUGUAAUGUAGACAGACUUUGUAUAGUUCACUUACUCUCACACCCAGCGCUUACCAGCGGGGACACCAAUGGCUGCAUCAAAUGCAUGCGUGUGUGUGGUGGCCCCACCCAGACAGGGGCUUCCCACAGCCUCUUCCUCCCCAUGUCACCACAACAAAGUGCUUCCUUUUCAGCAUGGUUUGCAUGACCUUACACUAUAUAAAUGGUUCCGCUAAUCUCUUCUAGGAUACACAUUUAUCUGCUGUUCUUACUUUUAAUCACGAUUGGACCGGUACAGGGAGAAAUUACUGAUGAGCCAUGCUAUUUGUCUGUUUGGUUGGCUGGUUUGGGUUUUGGUUUGGUAAGCAGAGAAAGUAGUUUAAGUUAUUUCUAGGAUCACUGCCCUCUUGUGUAAAACACUCCAGCAAUCAGCUGUUUUUGAAAGCAGAAAAUAAUUUUCUCAACAAAACCGCAUGGUGUAUCAGUGGGGCUGCCUACUGAGCUAACAUUAGGAAAGGAAUGAGAUAGUCAUUGUGUCUCUAAAACAAAGAAUUUAAACAAAUAUUUAAGAGAAAAGUGGCAAAACCUUUUAAAAGCUCUCAAAAAGACCUCACUUGGUCUGAUGUUAUUUAGUAUCAUGCCUCAGUUUCCUUAUCUGUAAAAAGUAGUGGUAAUCCCAAGAGUAGCAUUUCUGACGAGUUAUGAAUUAGCAGGGAGAAACACACACACACACAGUUAAAAUAGUUUCCAAUUUAUGUAGCUGAGGACAAUGGAAUUUAUCCGAAGUGAAGUGCCCUUCUGGGCAGGAGCUAAGUUCAGUGCCUUUAAAAUGAAGUUUCAACUCCCAUUUGUCCCUAUGAUACUGAAGUACAAAAUAUCCAUCUGAAAUAGAAAUUAAAGUCUAGAAGGCACACAGAAAUUAUUUAGUCCAUGUUAUAAAUGAAGAAUCUUAGGCUGAGGUAAAGUGACACACCCAGAUUCAUUCAGUUGUCCCAUAGAGAACCAGGACUCAAAAGUCAGGUCUGCUCACUCUCUCCCUGCCCUUAUUUCCCUCACCACACCACUCUUCCAUUUAUAUAAUGCAUCCUAGAGAUUGUGUCAAGAUAUAUGACUUUGUGUCGUGUGGAAAGCACUCAGUUUAUCCAGCAGGAGGGGGAUUCCCACUUUUAUUGCUAAACAUGCUUGCUUGAUGCAUUGCAUUUUAGAUCUAGAAAAAAAAUAAUACAAGCAAGCUACAUUUACUGAUGUGCAACCAGGCAACAUUGCCAGAACCAUCCAAUUUUACUUUUCCAAAUGUAUGGAACCAGCGCCGAUUUUUUAAAUGAAAGUACUAAAACCACAUGUAACCACAAGACAAGCUAAAAUGUAAGCAGACAGCCUGGGAAGCAGUGCCCUACUCUACAGGUGUGAUAUUAAGCACAAGCCAUCCUCUGGCCUCUUGUGAGAUGUUGUUAUGCUCUGAAAAACUUUGAUGGAAAAGGUUUCUGUUAGGCUUAGAAUGAAUUAGCUAAAUGACCACACCACAGUAUUAUUGAAUCAGUCUUCUCACACACCUAGACACUGGUUGUGGAUAGUUGCCAUGGUGACAAUCAAGAUAAUUCAGAUGACCUAAACAAAUGUCUGUAUGCAGCUGACACUGCUAUUCUCCCUCACAGUCUUGUCAAGAGCCACAGUAGCUAUGGCAGACAUUUGGUUGAUGGUUUCAUCAUUUCCUAAUACAAGAGUCUGGCACUAUGUUGGAGAGAGGAGUCACUUCCUCAGAGAUAGGUUCCUUUCAACUCACAUGUCAACAGGUACUGUACAAAAAGCUCAGAAUACAGUAGUGAUUAGAGCUUGACCCCUGACUUUAGGAACUUACAGCCAAAGCCCUAAGUCCCAGGACAAGGGCAGACAUUGUGAGUGGCAGAAGGGUGUUUUUCACUGAGAACCCCACAAAUCGAUGGGUGUAGACCUUGAAGUCUGAGAUAGAAAAUACACCAGAAUUCUCAGUGCAUCAGACAUGAAGCCUGUCCCCUAUGGGUUUCCAUUUGACAUGCUGGCAGUCUGAAGGACAAAGGGCAUGGGUGAUUUGGGCCUUUCCCCCACUCCUUCAAUAUGCCUGAAAGUGCCACUGGGGAUUACAACCUAAGAAACCCUAUGCCCCUUCCUGAGGGCGUGAUUGUUGAAUCCUGAUCUUCCUGGAAUCUUUCACUUGAGAUGAUCACCUGCCUGACAUCCAGCAUGUUACUAUGCCCUUCUUUAUGUACGCGAGUUACUGGAAACCAACAAAAAAGGAGAGUGAGUCACACUCUCCACAUAUGCACCAAUGAAUUUUUUAACUUAUUAAUAGUCUUGAAGAACUUACUAUCUUAAGUAUUUUACAAAUAGAUGCACUUUCCAGCAACUCAAUGGAGUUCUAGCUUAAAGUACUUACCAUUGAUCCAAAAUUGGAGGAACUACCUUAGGUUCUUUUAAUAACCUAGAAAGAACUGGAGCUUGUAUUAUUUCUUAAACCAUAGGCAGGCAGUCUAGCUUCCUUGCUGGAACAUAAGACCAGGACAGCAGAGAUUGGGUUUGUAUUGAUCAGUAGUAGGGAAGUAUUGAUAGUCUAACAUCUAGUAAGUUGUCUUUAUCAGCAUAGACAUAGACAAAAUACGUGUUUUAUGAAUGAAUAAAUAAUAAGAACCUUAAGAACUGUUUUUUCCCAUUUAAGAAAACAAAAAGGAAAAGAGAAAAAUGAUCUUCUGGAAUAACUCUGCUUUGAUAUUCUCCUUUUAUUCCCCAAAAAAUACAUUCCAGAAAGGCAAACCAAACCUGCUCAAGUUGCCUAUGCAUAGACAAUCUCAGCAACAUGGCUCACAGUGAGCAAGCAGAAAUUCAGGGUCUGGAAUUCAAUGUGAGUGAUGGGAAGAAACAGUGUGUGCUUUCACAAAGAUCCUUUUGUCAGACAAAGGAACAGCAUGAUGAUCCAAUGGAACUGGUUAAUAACAUGACCCAGGAUUACAUGACCGCAGAUAUGCUAGUCGUUCUGAAACUUGCCCAAGAAAUUGCAAUCAUUUCAGCAGAACUCCAUGAAAUGUUAACAAAAUAAUUCCAUCAUCAAAACUAGGAAUGAUAUGAUCAGGUAGAACUAUAAUCUUAUGUAUGUAUUUGGUCUUUUUGGGUCACAGUGUGACAUGAAAAAUUGUAAAUGUCAUAUUUUAGCAAGAUCAAAAUGAACGAGAUAAAUCAACUUCAUAAAUGUUAGGGGAAACAUGAUCCUAUUGGGCUGAGAAAAGUACUUGAGAUCAAGUGAGUUUUGACUAUCAAGUAUCAGCACAAAAGCAAAUAUCAAAAGUUUAAGAAAAAAAAAUAUUGCAGGAAAAGAAAAACACAUCAAAUUGAGAAAGUACUAUUGAAUAACUUUGUUUUUAGAACUGGGAGUUUAGGCUUAUUAGACAUGACAUUGAUAUUACAAAGCCCUAGUUUUCACGAAAACAUAACUAGAUAACCCCAAGGUGUAUAGGUUAAAAUGAACUAAUUAAUCAACAAUUAUGCAUCCUGUGUCUAUUUUGUGCAAGGUAAUUCCUAGACACUAAUUUAAAAGAAUAAUUUCCUGCAGAAAAACCUAAUAUAACUGGACCUACUCAUCAUUUGACAAAAUCAGUCUCAUAAUUCCAUGCUACUGUAAUGGGAGUGUAAUAAAGAAAAAGUCAUUUGUUUAUUCAUUUAACAAGGUUUAUUAAGCACCAGUAUAUGCCCAGAACUGUGCAGUGCACUGAAAAUUCAGAGAUAAGAAAACCACAGUUUCUGCCAUCAAAAUGCUAGUAAUCUAGAGGUCUCAAAUAUCAGAGGUCCCUUCAGACUAUGUCUACCAGGAAAAUAAAAUACCUGAUUUCAUCCCUGCAAACAACUCUAUACAGACAGAAAAGUUUCCUAGCUUGGAAACUAUAGGAAAUUGAACAUGAAAAUGAGAGCAAAGAUUCUACAUCAAAAUGGCAAUGAUCCAGUCAACCCAAUCAAGACUGAGUGGGUUGAAUGGGGACUUCGAGUUCGGAUUCAAUGCUUUGAAUUUCGUAGCUCCAGAGACACUG